AUGAAAUAUAUCCAGCUCGUGCUCUGUCUUGCCUGGUGGUCGCUGGCGCUCGCAAACACAGAAACGCUGCCGUUUCUGCCCGUGCGCGGCGAGGCGCCUCACGCCACAGCUCCCGACGGCUCGCGGCCGCUCCAGCUCGGCCUGAACGUGCUCUCCGUGUCGCUCGCCCCGGUGACUCACGUGGCGCCGGCGGAGAACGGCCAGCAGGUCCAGCUGCGGCUGCACACCAACAACCUCCGCCCGGCGCCGCACUUCGCCAGGCUGUGCUGGUCGGCAACGGCGCCCGUCAACAUCGACCUCCGCCAGAUCGACGACGCCGUGCUCAUAACCGUGGCUCCAGACUACUACAGCACAGACGAGGAGCAGACGCGUCGGUACCUGGGGGACAUCCGUCUCGAGCUGCACGUGAGCGAGGUGCACGCGCUCCCUGCAGACCUCUGGCCGACGCUGGGCUACGUGGCUUCCGGCCAGCCGGAUUUAUUGCAAUAUUCGCAGGACGCCCCGGCAGGCACAACAACACAGCCUCAAUUACCAAGUUUACAAAAAAACCCCGGGUCUCUUAUAGGCCAGCACCAGUCGCAGCCGCUGUACUAUCCCUCGUCGACGUCGCAUUUGCGCGAGGACCAUAAAAAGCUGCCACCGAUAGAGAUGGCUGGCGCAGACUCCAAAUACAUCGCCAACCUGUUCCCCUUCGCCCAGCACCCGUCGUCGCAGCAGGGCGCGUCCGAGUCCGGCAGCUCGGGCCAGGCCGCGCAGCAGGACAACCCGCUGUUCACGCUUGCGAACUCUGUGCCGUACCAGUCGAUUCCGGGCGGCAAGGCUGAGAAGGAGGACGAGAACUCGAUCGACUGGUCGAGAAAGGCGGCCGACAUCGCGCUGCGCAUAGUCGGCACCAAGCAGGGCCUGGUGGACUCGUCGAACGGCGGGCUUCCGUCGCCGCCCGACAAGCACGGCGCCCAGGGCUCGAGAAAACAGCCCCGGACCUUUGCGUGCCCGUUUUCGGGCUGUGGCAAGACGUUUUCGCGGAAAAUGAACCUCAACUCGCACAUCCAGUCCACCCACGAGCACCGCAAGCCGUUCCAGUGCGACAAGUGCAAGCAGUUCUUUGCGCGCCACAGCGAUCGCAGACGCCACGAGACUAACCAGCACAAGAACGACGGCGGCUUUGUGUGCGGCGGAGUGCUCAAGAACGGCGAGGAAUGGGGUUGCGGCAAGAGUUUCAAGCGCAAGGACGGCCUCACCGCGCACUGGCGGUCUCAGAAGGCCAAGAAGAAGUGUCUCAGACACAUCACCAAUCCGAGCGAGCUCGAAAUGAUGACUAUGGCCAAGUGA